AUGAUUUAUUCUAUUUGUUUUUAUUUUCUUUCAGCUGCCCUUGAAGAAGAACAACGCAACAAUGCCACCAGUAAUGGCACCGAUAAAUCAGAACUGAGCACCAAGCAAAAGCACCAGAUGAAACAUCGUGAGUUGUUCCUAUCGCGUCAAGUCGAAACUCUGCCCGCCACACAUAUCCGAGGCAAAUGUUCGGUGACGCUGCUCAACGAGGAGGAAUCGCUGCUUAGUUAUUUAAAUAAAGACGAUACAUUUUUCUACUGUCUCGUUUUCGAUCCAACCCAAAAGACUCUCUUAGCCGACAAAGGUGAAAUACGUGUAGGUAGUCGAUAUCAAACAGAACUGCAACAUCUACUGAAAGAAGGUGAAUUAGAUGAGAGAAAUCUCGAAGAGCUGGAAACACUUGUGUGGACACCACAUCAUAGCUUGACCGAUAGAAAGAUCGAUCAAUUUUUGGUGGUGUCGAGAAGUGUUGGUACAUUUGCUCGGGCUCUAGACUGUAGCAGUUCUGUUAAACAACCGUCCCUACACAUGUCAGCAGCCGCUGCUAGUCGUGAUAUAACACUGUUCCACGCCAUGGACACACUUCACAAGCACAGUUAUUCAAUUGAAACAGCAAUGUGCUCACUGGUACCGUCAAGUGGUCCUGUUUUGUGUCGCGAUGAAAUGGAAGAGUGGAGUGCAUCAGAAGCGAAUUUAUUCGAAGAAGCACUUGACAAAUAUGGAAAAGACUUCAACGACAUUCGAAAUGACUUUCUCCCAUGGAAAACUUUGAAAAAUAUUGUCGAAUACUAUUACAUGUGGAAGACAACUGAUCGUUAUGUUCAACAAAAGCGUGUUAAAGCAGUCGAAGCAGAAUCGAAGUUGAAACAAGUUUACAUUCCUAAUUACACCAAACCUAAUCCGGCUCUUAUAACAAACAACAAUAACAAUAAGAAUAGUCUUCUUAACGGCACAGCGAAUGGAAACAACGAGAUCUUGGCACUAAAUGGCAAUAAGCCGUGUGAAUCAUGUUUCACAACGACAUCUUCACAGUGGUACUCGUGGGGUCCAUCGCAUAUGAACUGUCGCGUAUGUCAAUCGUGUUGGAACUACUGGAAGAAAUAUGGUGGCCUUAAAGUCGCAUCACGUUUAGCUGAUAAUGAUGUCGAUGCGAUUAAGAAACGUCCAGCAUCGGAUUAUGAAGAUGAAGAAAGAUGCACAAUCAGCAAUUGCGGAAAGGAAUUCAAAUUAAAGACUCAUCUUGUGAGACAUUUUGCGCAAGCACAUGGCAUCGCUAUACGAUCAAACUCACCGCGACCCAUUAUGAAGACGCGUUCAGCAUUUUAUCUUCAAACCACCGUCACGACAAAAUUAUCACGUAAACUAUGUCGAAAUGUGAUUAAGUCGAAGAAAGCUGCAAGACAGCCAAGCUAUGCAAUUAGUUUAACAACAGUGAAGACAGAAUUCGCAACAGCAAUUGCUAACAUUAACAUCCCUGACAUGAAAGCUUUUCUUAAAUACAAGAAGAAAGAUCGCGGCAGUGUGACAUUGAUAGCAAAUCGUUUAGGAAAUCCAGCGACAACAGGUUGUGAAUGGCUUAAGUUGACGCCCAAAGAGCUGAUGCCAAAGCCAGAAAAAGUCGCCUUUCCAAAGCCUCCAAAAGCACCCGAUGGCAGUUUACUCUACGAUCGUAUUCCUAAUAAGGUUGUUGAGCCGGAAAAGUUUGUAAUUCCAAACACAAUUGGUUGCACUAUCAUCACACCAUCAAACAUGGCAACACCUCCGACAUUACCGCCAUUACCAGCAGCAGUAACAGCGACUCCUAUCUCAGCACCAUUAGCACCACCAUCUGGGAAGCGACGUGCUUAUGAAAUGAAUGGAAUGGAUCGUAAGUCAAACAACCAUAUUUCAAACGAUGGUGUAUUGACCAAAAAUUCCAUUGCAGCUGCUGUUCCGCCGCCACCUACAAAGCGGCCCAAUAAAGAUCCUAUGCCCUCUUAUCGACCAUCACCAGAACAGUAUGCAGCUAUGAUUGAAGCAGCUACAGCUGCUGGUCAACCUUUACCCCGAACUCAUCUUAAUGGAAAGCCUAAAAUCGCUCAAAUGUCACGUUCUGGUUCAGGUCGAAAGCAAGUCAUCAGCUGGAUGGAUGCACCUGACGAUUACUAUUUCAGACCAACAGAAACUAACAAACGAUCACGACGAACCUUAUCAGUAAUAGAACUCCGUCGACUAGCGCGAAAGCCAUGGCGGAGAACAUCGCUAUCAAACAACCUGCCACUUAAUGUCAACACGCCAGCAAGCGAAUCUGUUGUGAUCCUCGACUGACCCAUGCAAAAAGCAUCUUCCCUUCCGCCACCACUCGUUCAUCAACCUAUUCAACAUCACGGUUACAGUAUGGAGGCUUUGCUCAAUUAAGGAAUGAAACUGUGGGAUGAAAUUCCAAGAAAUAAUAUUUAACUUUUGUAUAAAGAAGAAAGGAGACACAGUUUGAAAAAAUUAAUAUUGAUUGUAGAAAGAUAAAAUAUAAUGAAAGGAUCUAUCACACCAUUCACACAUCUAAGCAGAUACAUAAACACAACACAAACACCCACACAAAUUCAUACAUACACAAAUGUGCAAGAUUUUUCUUAUAGAAGAAAAGAAAAAUGUGAAACUGAUUAUCAUUAAUGCAUAAUUAUUAAGAACAAUAUAUGAUGAUUGACGUGAUUUAAAGUCGAAAGACUUUUUUACGUUUCGUAACAAAGAAUAAAAAGAAGAAGAAGAAAAUAUGUUCACAAGUAAUAGUAAUUAAAGAAAGAAACUUUUGAUUAAUUAAAGUUGAUAAAAAGCAACUUUUCAAAUUUCGAAAUUCAAUUGACAGAAAAAGAAAGAAAAACAAUUAAAUGCUUGCUUGUAGUUGUAUGUAUCAUUGGGAGACUUUAAUUUUGUUUUACCGUUCUUUAAAUGGGCUAAGAAAAAAGCUUCUGGAAGUAAUCGUUGAUUAUCUCGUAAUUUAAAAGAAUUCUUUCAUUCUGUUUCAAUGACAUUCAUAUUUAUGAUAGAUUCACUUUUGUAAAUAUUUAAAUCUUUAAAUGAUUUUGUAACGACAGAUAUUUUCUUUCUUAUUAAGUUUAGAUCAAAAAGAUUGAAGAAAGAAACAAGCAGCCUCCAAACUUCCUCUAAUUAUGAUUCUGAUUGCGCGCACGACGUGUUUUUUGUUAACGUGUAUUACAAAUUAAUGAAAUUAAGCCUUUUUUACAUAACAUUACGAUUCUUUUUGUUAAAGAUUUAGGACUUUAGUUAAUUAGAUUAUUAUUAUAAUUAUUAUUCUUCUUCUUUGAUCUGCUAAUGCUUCGGUGAAGAAGCAUUGCAAAAGAUCUUUAGCUUUUAAUUUGUAGUUUUUAAGUUGUCCUAGCUCUUAAAUGACCUCAUUUAAAAUCAAAAAGAAAAAAAAAGAUAAACAAUUUAACAAGUUUAAUGAAUUGUCAUGAUUAAAAAUUAAAGAAAAGAAAAAAUAGAGCAAUUUUGUUAUCAACCCGAAGAAAAAUCCUCCCACGUAAUUCUCUUGUAAAUUGUACAUUUCUACUUGAGUGAAACAGAAAAUAAAUAAUUAAUGGUAAUCUUUUGUUUCCAAGAUAUAAAAAAAGUGGCUAAGUGUAAAAAAGAAAGAUGAAGAAAUUAAAUUAGAAGAAAAAUCAUCAAGUUAAGUAUCCGAGAGUCAAAAACUAAAAAUUCAUUCGCUUUCUGUGAGAAAAAUUAAAAGAAUUUGAUCAAGUUUUAAGUUCAUAAUAAUAAACUAAGAAAAGUUUUAAAAAAAUAUUGAUUAGCAACAAGACAAAGGAAAAUCUGAACUUGAACUCAAUCACAUCUUUGAUUAAUUUUUUAAACAGCGACUUAAAAAACAUGCAAUUUUAAAUAAAAAAAGUUUUAGCAUUGUGAAAUUAAUCUCAAGACAGAAAUCUUUAUAAUUUCUUCAAAUUGUAAAUAGUCUUUCAUCAAUUUUUGUCCAUUUUUCAUCUUCAAGUCUUCUCGUCUUCUCUUCCCCACCAUCCACACUCGAUUCCCCACAAUAUGAGAAAUCAUACAAAAAUAUAAAAUUAAACGAUCACAUGAAAAUGUUCUCCUUUUUGUAAGUGGUAUUUUUUUAACAGUUUAUGCAAAACAAUGGAAAAACUAGAAUUUUUCAAAGUGAAUCUAUAAAGAAAAUAAUAAAAGAAUAAAAACUAAUUCGGACCGAUUGAAUUACUGUGUGUAGAUACAAAAGAAAUUAAAGUAAUUUUGUUUGCUAAAUUAUUACAUUGAAUAAAUACAAUUUAAAUAAAGAAAUAUGAAUUGAAAAUUGAUAUAAAAAAGUUGAAUCAAAUUAUAAGACGUAAGUAAAAGGAUUUUAAAAAGCAAAAGAAAAAAAAUUAAUUUUCUUUCGGUUUAGUCACAUCAAGAAAAAUGUAAAAAAAAAAAUGAAACUUUUUCUGUUGUGAAAGUUUUACCUUAAAACACACAAUAGUGAGGAAGAGGGAAAAGUUUUUGAUUCUAAUGAAGUAAAAUGGUCAAAACUCGUAAAAUUUCAAUUUUUUAUGAAUAAAACAAAGAUCAGUAAAA